AUGGACCUGCCAGCGAACUUCCUCAGGCAGCCUAUCCAAACGGACAAGGAGAAGAACAUCAACUUCUCCGUGUCCAUCACGACGCCGUUGGGGAACGGACCCUUCAUCGCCCUGGGCGGAGGCAGCUUCCCAAUCCCCAGUGGCAUUGCGACCGUCACCUUCCGCAACGACGACCCACACCGCCAGAGCCUUGCUCGCGUCGGCAUCGGGCAUCGACCAGGUCGACGACGCCCUGGCCAGGUCAUCACCGAGAACGUGUGGCUGAGCAAGUCGUUUGAGCAGUUUGCCAACAACAUUCGCAACCUGCCCGUCGACAACCACGAGCUGGCGGCGCUCGUGGCGCCGCGCGCCCUGCUCGUCAUCGAGAACACAUUACAGACCUGGCUGGGGAACAUGGCCACGUACGGCUGCAUGAAUACGGCCCACAAGGUCUGGGAGGCCCUAGACAUUUCCGGGAACAUGGGCUUUUCGCAGAAUGGGGACCACAGCCACUGCCAAUGGUCCGGUUACCAUGCCUCGGAGCUCAAUGCCUUCAUCGACAAAUUUCUUAAGGGGACUGGAACGGCCAACAGUAACACCAACAUUGUUAAAACGGACAACCCGAAUCUGGGCUUCACUGAAAGCCAAUGGGUGGACUGGAGUGUUCCGACUUUGACUACCUUACUAGGAUCACCGCAUGUACCCUGA